AUGACUAUGCUGGAGAAUUUAUCAACUAUAGAACAAACACUUAAAAAUUGGAAGUAUAGACAAAAUAACGUCGGAGAUUGGAAAUGUUCACGAGUAGGAUGUGCUACUGAGAUCUUUGCUGAUCUCUUGGAAAAUAAGGAAAUCCCUGAUCCAUUCAUUGAUCUUAACGAAAAAGAAGUUCAAUGGGUUGGAGAAAAGGAUUGGGAGUACAAGAAUGAAUUCCAGGUAGACAUUAAUGCUGCAAGAUUGAAACAGCAUCAAAUUAUCUUCGAAGGCUUGGAUACUUUUGCAACUGUAUUUUUGAAUGGAAAAAAGAUAUUGGAAAGUAACAACAUGUUUAGAACUUACAAGGUAGAUGUUAAAAAGAUCAUAAAAUUUGGCGAAACAAACAACAUCACGAUUGUUUUUAGAAGUGCUUUGUUAGAAGGAAGAAACUUGGAAAAAGAGGUGGGAAAAUUAAAAUGUUUUAAUGGAGAAACAAGCAGGCUUCAAGUUAGAAAAGCCCAGUAUCAUUACGGUUGGGAUUGGGGACCAAUAUUAAUGAGCUGUGGUCCCUGGAAACCUGUCCGCGUUGUUUCAUACAACAAUAUUAUUCAAGAUGUUUAUGUGAAGACGAAUGUUACUGAGAAACUUCAGGCCUCUAUUGAUAUUUUAACAGAGGUUAAGAUUGCUAAUUCUGAAAAUUUAAGUAUUGAAAUUCAAGAUCCAAUGGUAAUCAUUUGA